GUUGAUAAUUGACAUGACGUCAGCAUCUGCGCGCAGCCGCAGCCAGGCGAGGAGAAGAUGGUGCUCAUCAAGGAAUACCGUGUGGUAGUGCCAUGCUCAGUGGAAGAGUACCAGGUUGGCCAGCUGUACUCUGUGGCAGAAGCCAGUAAGAAUGAAACAGGAGGAGGGGAGGGCAUCGAGGUGCUGACCAACGAACCCUACGAGAAAGAGGGAGAGAAAGGACAAUACACACACAAGAUAUACCACCUCAAGAGUAAAGUGCCAGGGUUUGUGAAGAUGAUUGCACCAGAAGGAGCCUUGGUGUUUCACGAGAAAGCUUGGAACGCCUACCCCUACUGCAGAACCAUAAUCACGAACGAGUACAUGAAAGACGACUUCAUGAUAAAAAUCGAGACGUGGCACAAAGCAGACGACAUGGGGAACCAAGAGAAUAUCCAUGAGCUGGAUGCAGAGACAUGGAAGACUGUAGAGGUGGUGCCCAUUGACAUUGCAGACAAGACACAAGUAGAAGCUGCGGACUACAAGCCCCAUGAAGACCCAGCCCUCUUCAUCUCUAAAAAGACAGGCAGAGGUCAGCUCAGCCCAGAAUGGAAGACCGAGCUGGAAUCCAAGCCGCAACACCCUCGGAUGUGUGCCUAUAAGUUGGUUACAGUCAAGUUCAAAUGGUGGGGCCUUCAGAGCAAGGUUGAGCACUUCAUCCAUAAGCAAGAGAAGCGUAUCUUCACUAACUUCCAUCGCCAGCUGUUCUGCUGGAUUGACAACUGGUACGGACUGACGAUGGCCGACAUCAGGAAGAUGGAGGAGGAAACCCAGAGGGAGCUGGAGGAGAUGCGUCAGCAGGGUUCUAUACGUGGUACAUCGGCAGCAGCAGAAGAGUAGCGCCCCCCUGUGGCGCAAGUACAUUGAGGAAGUCAGGACAGGUACGCGGCAUGAGCGCAGCCCACGAGCAGUGAGACGCAUGACGGCCACCACGGCUCCCAACACACCCAAGACCCAAACGGAGAAGCUGGCCAUUGGUGUGUGUGUGUGUGAGAGUGUGUAUGUAUGUUUGUGUGUGUGUUUUGCUGGUUCCAGCUCUUGUAGUCUUGUCAUUGUGCAGGCAUUGCAGGGGCUGUACCAUGAGUAUAUUGCACUAGAAGUGAUUUUAAUGUAUUUUAAAGAGAAACGUCUGAUGACCACAGCUAGAUGACUGCGACAUUAUUGAAAUGUUUUUAUGUGUUUAUUUUCUUUUCUUUGUUUUGUUUGUUUUUUUUGCCAUUUUUAUCUCUUGUAAUGCUAUUCCUGAAUGAUACGUCAUCAUCUCAGAGUCAUAGCAGGGGGUAGUAGGGUAGGUUCAGUGCAGGGUCCAGGCCGUACUUGAUCAGACCAAGGUCACAGACGGGGUCACAGACAGGGUCACAGACUGGGGAUACCUGACGGCCCUGAACAGACCUGUAUUCUACACUCAGAAUACCCGACACACUUGUACAUGUCUAGACAGAGAGUAACGCACGCCGGAAAGCAAAACAUAAACUAGGUGCUGACCUCUGGUAAUAAACUUGAUGAAAAUGAUGCAACUUUAUCCAGUAGGACGCACAUCGAACUCUGGAGCCAGAGUUUGCAACAUUUUCUUCUUCUUUUUAAACUUGUACUGUACAUGUCAUCUACACGUGGAGCGCCCAGUGAACGUUUACAUUUGACUGUCCGGUUGGCCCUGUGGGUGACGUCAGGAUAUCGUCAGUGCACUUGAGCUCUGUGACUGGCCAGCUCGGGUGCUCUAGCAGAUGUCUGUGUUUUAGGAGUUCUGUUGAAGAUUGGUCCCAAAUUAGCUACAGUCUGCAAAUGUAUUUAAUGAUUUAUUAUUUUUUCAUUCCUUCCAUCCCUUUGUAUGUAUUUCACCAGUUGAGUUUAGCACACACACACACACAGUAACAGAUUCUGGUUUUCCAUGAAAGUGUAUGUGCUCAGGGGGUGCGGUUUCUCUUGAUCGACAGCUGCUGUUAAAAUGUCACCGCAACAAUGCCGCUAAAAUCAUGUGAUGAUUACCAUGACGGUUAUGCCAUCCCGACUAACCUGUAGCCUUGGUAACCAUUGCUUUAGUAACAUGGGCAUUGACCUGCAAACCCUGUCGUAGUUGCCAGGGUAGCUGUCAUGUGUAAGAUCCGUCAGCUAACCACCAUGCUAAGCUGCUAAGCUGCCUGCAUGAGGAUCUGCUUUUGUAAAAACUUGCAGAAUGAAUGCACAACCUCUCAGAAUGUUAGUUUCUUCGAGAGGAGUGACCUUUUAGGUCAGCUUUUUUGGUACAACUUCUCCUUAGUGACCACAGGGAUGUCUGUGUUUAGUUUGUGUGUGUGUUUGGUUUGUCAGGAUUUCUCUGCUUCUUUUCCUUCCUCUUCGGUAUGACGGGUGAUGGCGGGUGUUAGUGCUUAAAUCGUCUCUUCGGUAUGACGGGUGAUGGCGGGGGUUAGUGCUUAAAUCGUCUCUUCGGUAGGACGGGGGGGGUUAGUGUUUGAAUCAUCUCUUCAGUAGAACAGGC